AUGGGUAUCGGCAAGGGCCACAAGGCUGGCGGCAUCCGCGAUGACGCCCCAGACCUUGAAUUUUCCUAUCUUCGCUACGGAAAGCACAACCUCCACCGGAUCGGUGUCUGGGAGCAGCGCAAGCCUGCUAAGCCCUGUGCUAGCUACUGGCUCAUAUUCAUCCACGGUGGAGCAUGGCGAGACCCUCGCAACAAGCCAACUGAUUUUGCUCCCUCAAUCAGGCAUCUGAUGACUGCGGGCAAUCUCCCGGAUGAGGUCCGUGGAUUCAUCAGCAUAGAUUACCGGCUGUCGCCAUACCAAGAAGAGUUCCCGCAGUGCAUAGACCAGAUGCCGUCCGCGGAACAACGCACCGCACAGCACCCUGACCAUCUCCACGAUGUGCGCUCGGCCAUGGAAUUUCUCAACCAACGAUACGACCUCGGUGACAAGUACAUUCUCAUCGGCCACUCGGCCGGGGCCAUGCUCGCGUUCCAGUUGCUCAUGAGCAAUGCGCAGUGGCAGAUGCCGUUCCUCACACCUCUGCCCAAGCCCGCGGCCAUCAUUGGCAUCUCCGGCAUCUACGACCUUGUCAACUUGAAUCGCCGCUACGACGGCAACUACGCCGGCUUCAUCAGCAACGCCUUUGGUGGCGACAAGGAUGUAUGGGUCGAUGCUUCUCCCGCGCAGUAUCGAAACUCCUUUGCGCAGCCCCUCCUGCCGCACGGUACGCCGCUGUGGCUUGCCAUCUCGCCCGACGACGGCCUGCUCGAUCUGGCCGAGACGGCAGCCAUGGCGGAGAAGCUCACCGCCGACGGCUUCCAGCCCACCGUCGUCAGCGACUUGCAUGGCGAGCAUGACUUUGUGUGGCAGGAUGGCGCGCAAAUUGCUACUCUUGUACGACGCGUACUUGCCGAGUUACGCCUAAAGUGA